GUCACUCUCCAGCCGACCGCCACUAUCAUCUCAAAGGCUUUCUCUGAUAUCCCAGUCUUGUCGUAUUACUGUCUUCUCUCUCAAAUCUCGGUAAAGCAAAGUACUGCUGUGGAAUUCGAGUCAUACAUCUCUGUCAAUUUGACACGCUUUGGUCGCGUAAAAACAACACAGCAAAAAGUUCUUGAAAACAUCAUGGCAGAUCGGGGACGUGGUAUAGCUCGAGGUGGACGCGGAGGACCCUCGUUUGUAGCAAGAGGAGCUCGUCAUACACCAACACCCUCCCAAAGCUCAGGAGAAAAGCCUAAACGUGAAGCAAUCCUCGAUCUCUCCAAGUAUGUGAACGAGAAGAUCAGGGUCAAAUUUACCGGUGGAAGAGAAGUGACUGGUCUGCUCAAAGGGUAUGAUCAAUUGCUGAACCUUGUCUUAGAUGAAGUAGAAGAGAUCAUUGAAGAACCCGAGCCUCGCAAACGUAGUUUAGGGCUGGCAGUGUUACGUGGACCCACCAUAGUCCUGCUAAGUCCCGUAGACGGGUCGGAGGAAAUUGCAAACCCGUUCUUGUCGCAGGAGUGAAGUGAUUUGCUGCGUCUUGUUACUGCAGGCAGAUCAGUUUGCUUGUACAGACGGCCUCUUCAGAUUCACUUCGCAAAACGCUCUACCUACCCUGUAUGCUCAGAUGCAACGAUCCAGAAUGAACACCAAAGCGUGCUUCUCCAAUCAUCGAUUCUUGUUUUCAUACCUUUAAUCGCACCUUUCUGUAAGUAACAUUAAUUCGUAAGUAUAUUGUG